AUGGCUCAUCAGCAACUUCUUGCUCUAUGCUUCUUGCUAACGUGCGCCGCCGUGGCCGCAUCAUCAUUGGCCGAGUCCAUGCCGCCGCUGGCUGUGGCGAGGAAGAUCGGAGGUCACUUGCCGAGCCAAGAAGGGAAGGCGCCAGCGCCGGCGGAAGAGGCGGAGGUGCGGAGGAGCCACCACCACUCCACGGUGGACCGGUCGGUCGCCGGCGGCGGAGUGAUCCUGGGCGGCUUGGCUACGACGUUUCUGGUGGCCGUGUUCUGUUACAUUAGAGCUACGAGGAAACACAGUGCCCGUAACGAUGAUACAGUUAACGUCACUCCUGCCUCCUCGUCGACCGUUUAA